CAGAAACAGAACGUGCAACCAUGAGUUGUGCACAAGGCGCUGUCACAAAGGCAGCAAACGGUUGGCCAUCUUGGUUGCUACCAGUUUGUAUCGUUUCUGCUGCAUUUGCCACUCUAAGUUUGGGUUUAGCGGUCUACUGCAUAGUUCGACGCAUUCGAAAAAAACUGCAAUCUGACAGCAGUUGGCGCACAACCAAAGAAGUAUGUGCUGAAAAUCCGACUUACUCCUUGAAAACUCACGCAAAGCAAUCACAAAAUCACAAUAAGGACGAGAGGCCAGUUGGUUUGCACUUGUACGAGACUAUACAGCCGAGCAGUCAAACAGACGCGAAACCCGACGUCGACCCUGCCGGUUACACAGUCAUGCAGAAUGGGAUGAACGGCGUGACCGCUGAGAGAGACAUCACACCAACAAGCACCACGGGCCUCCUACCGUUACACGAUCCUGGAUAUAUGGUCAUGAAUAAACAACUUAGCGUCGAAAAUGUGGAAAACGACAAAGUCGACGAAAUUAACGAAAACAGCAAGGAAGGUGAAAAACCAAGAGCUGAUGUCAACGAGUGACAAUGGCGUUGUACUAAAACUGUCUCUGAAAGCAGAGAUUUAGUGUAAAAUGAGUAGAUUAUGUGAAGUACUAUACAGUGCGACGACUCGAAGUAGAAGUGAAGUAUUAAUUUAGUACGGUUGCUUACGUAAUUACGUAAUGUUUUCAUCAUUGUAGCAGUGAAAGUGAGCAGUAACUAGUUAUAGUCUCUUACUUUUCAGUUUGUCUUUUAGACUUCUCUCUGAAAUUAAUAAAGUUUUGCGACAAGUUCGG